CUCUACUGCGGUUUUUCCUUCUCCUCUACACCCAUAAUUUAAGCGUUCGAGCAAAAGAAUUCAAUUAAUUUCUUUUUUAUCGCUUUACCCUCUCUCUUUAGGUUUUCUUAAUCAUUUGGACGAAAUUGAUCUCGAUUUGGUCACCGGCGGGCUUGGAUUUGUUCUUGCUCUGAGCAAUGCCUUGUCCGUUGGUUGAUCGGGGCCAUCGGGCGACGAGCGAUCUCUUGAUCGGCUCCGAUUGGGCAAUGACGUCAGAUCUGUGAUGCUAUCAAUGGAGAACCUGCGCUAAUCCACAGGCUGGAAAAGAGAAGGAAGAAGAACACAAGCUAGAACUAGAAGAGAGGAAGAAACCCAGGAAUGAAGCUCUGCUGGUUUUGAUCUGGAACCCAAACCAGAAGAUCUCAUCUGGGUUUUUCGAGCUGAGGUAGAUUUUGUCUCAAAGUUUCCAUCUUGAUCCAAUUUACUGAUUUGGGCUCUGUUGAUUCUUUUUCUGAGAAACUUCUGGUGGGGAUUUCAUACCUUGGGUUUUUACAAUUUUUGAGAGUUCAGUGACUAUGAUCUAAAAGUUUGGAUCUUUGAAUUUGUUCUCUAUUCAUUUGAGUUUGGUGUCUUAAGAUGGAGAAGUUGAGAUUAUUGAGAUGCGCAUUUCUCUUUCUUUCAGUUUUGUUUGAUCUCUCUUUUGCUGCAUUCACCCCCAUUGAUAACUAUCUGAUUGCUUGUGGAUCCUCCCAAAAUGUCUCAGUUCAAGGUAAAAAUUUCCUCCCUGAUUCCCAUCAAUCCUCAUUCUCUCUAAAAACUUCAGGAGACAAUGCAAUCUCCACUCCCAGCUCCUCUCUCCCGUCUCCAAUUUACCAAUCUCUUCGAAUUUUCCCGAAACCCGCGCAUUACAAGUUCGAUAUCCAUCAAGCCGGCCGCCAUUGGAUCCGUCUCUACUUCUGCCCCCUUCCAAAUUCCGGCGACCGUGACCUCGCUUCUUCUCCGCUGACGGUCUUAACCGAUGAUUUCGUCCUCUUGAACAACUUCACCUUCAAAAAUACCAACUAUACUUACCUAUUCAAGGAGUACUCUGUCAAUGUCACCUCUGACUCUUUGGUCCUAAGCUUCAUUCCUACAAAUGGCUCUGUGUCUUUCGUUAACGCGAUCGAGGUCGUUUCAGUCCCUGAUGAACUGAUCUAUGAUCAAGCCCUUGCAGUUCCGAAUGCCCCUUUUACUGGCCUCUCUGUGCUCGGUCUAGAGACUAUGUAUCGAUUAAAUGUGGGUGGUCCUUUACUCACAUCCAACAAUGACUCGCUUGGAAGAAAUUGGGAGAAUGAUGGCAAGUAUCUGCAUGUCAACAGCUCAGCUGCAAACGUCUCGGUUGAUCCUCUAACGAUCAAUUAUCCGCAGGACUUGACUGAGGAAGUAGCCCCUAAAUGGGUUUAUGCAACUGCCGAUGCCAUGGGGGAUGCAAAUGUCACCGAUUUGACCUUCAACAUGACCUGGGUUUUAUCUGUAGAUUCGAGCUUUCAAUACUUGAUCAGGUUCCAUUUCUGUGAUAUAAUCAGUAAGGCUCUCAACACAUUGGUCUUCAAUGUGUAUGUUAAUUCUAAUAUGGCGAUUGCGAGUCUGGAUCUUUCGUCUCUCAAGGGGGAAUUAUCCGUGCCAUACUACAAGGAUUUUGUUUCGAAUUCAUCGAAUGGUACAAAUACUUUGACUGUUAGUGUUGGGCCUGAUUCAAUGGCAGAUUUCAGCAAUGCGAUCUUGAAUGGCCUCGAGGUGAUGAAGAUUAGCAAUGGAGUUAAGAGCUUUGAUGGGCUGAACUCUGUUGACGAUCUUCUUCCAGAGUCAGCAUCGAAGAAGAAGAAGCUGGGUAUCAUAAUUGGAUCGGUUGUGGGAGCUAUAGGUGCCAUUGGACUUAUAAUUUUGUGCUACUGUUGUUUUAUGGGUCGGAGGUCGAAGGCUAAUAGUACUCAUACUCAGUCUUGGCUACCUCUUCCUCUGUAUGGAAACUCUCACACCAUGAGCAAAGUUUCUACUCGAAGUGGAACCGCGAGUUGCAUCUCUUUGGCCUCUACAAACCUCGGCCGAGUCUUCACAUUCCAAGAAAUCAUGGAUGCGACCAACAAAUUCGAUGAGAGCUUGCUUCUCGGUGUCGGUGGCUUCGGGAAGGUUUACAAGGGAACAUUAGAAGAUGGCACUAAAGUCGCCGUGAAAAGAGGAAAUCCAAGAUCUGAGCAAGGUCUAACUGAGUUCCACACUGAAAUCGAGAUGCUGUCCAAACUUCGUCACCGACAUUUAGUUUCACUAAUUGGCUACUGUGAGGAAAGAUCCGAGAUGAUUUUGGUGUAUGAAUACAUGGCGAAUGGACCUUUGAGAAGCCAUCUCUAUGGAGCGAACCUACCGUCACUCUCAUGGAGGCAGCGGCUUGAGAUAUGCAUUGGAGCUGCGAGGGGUCUUCAUUAUCUCCACACUGGAGCAGCUCAAAGUAUAAUUCAUCGUGAUGUGAAGACCACCAACAUUUUGCUUGAUGAGAGCUUCGUUGCCAAAGUUGCCGACUUUGGUUUGUCAAAAACUGGGCCAGCAUUGGAUCAGACUCAUGUUAGCACAGCUGUCAAAGGUAGCUUUGGCUAUCUGGAUCCUGAGUACUUUCGAAGACAACAACUGACUGAGAAGUCUGAUGUUUACUCCUUUGGCGUCGUUCUAAUGGAAGUUUUAUGUGCAAGACCGGCGCUCAAUCCAGUUUUACCUAGAGAACAAGUGAACAUAGCAGAGUGGGCGAUGAACUGGCAGAAAAAGGGGAUGCUUGAGCAAAUUGUGGAUGCAAAUUUGGCGGGGAGAAUUAAUCCUGCAUCGCUUAAAAAAUACGGAGACACCGCGGAGAAAUGCUUGGCUGAGACUGGGGUUGACAGGCCAUCAAUGGGAGAUGUGCUGUGGAAUCUUGAGUACGCUCUUCAGCUCGACGAGACAUCAUCGCUUGCUGAUCCUGAUGAUAAUAGCAUGAAGAGCAUUCCGAAUAUUUUAUUGCCUCCGCUUGAGCCUUUCGAUAACAGUGUGAGUAUGGUCGAGGGGGUGAACUCUGGUACUGAUGAUGAUGCUGAAGAUGUGGCUACUAGUGCUGUGUUUUCUCAGCUCGUGAAUCCUCGAGGGAGAUGAGGAGAUGGAUUUUUUUUUAAAUUAAGGAAUUCUCAGCGACUUUGAGGUCCUUUCUGUUCUUUUACUAUCUAUGCGGUAAUUAAUUUGGAUUUAUGUUUGUAUAAUAUAGUGUAUUUAAUUUGCGGGUGUGAGCUCAAUAGCGUUAUUUGUUCAAGUUAUAUGACUUACAAAUUCAAGUGAAAUUCACUUUUUUUUUCGAUA